CAGUCGGAGAACGACGACGCCACGUGGGUGAGCUGGUUCUGCUCGCUCAAGGGCAACGAGUUCUUCGUCGAGGUUGACGAGGACUUUAUCCAGGACGACUUCAACCUCACCGGCCUCUCGACCCAGGUGCCCUUUUACGAGCACGCACUCGACCUCAUCCUCGACGUCGACGCGCCGCGCGACGCCGGCCUCUCCGAGGAGCAGCAGGACUCGAUCGAGGCGGCGGCGGAGCUGCUGUACGGGCUGAUCCACGCGCGGUACAUCAUCACGCCGCGCGGCCUCGCGGGCAUGCUCGACAAGUUCAAGCACAUCCACUUUGGGCGCUGCCCGCGAGUGUUCUGCCAGGGGCAGGCGGUGCUGCCGGUC